GUUAACAAAGAUGAAAGAAAAGUGCUGCCAGCUCAGGGAAUCUGUUGAAGUUUUGGAAUUAGAGAAGCAGAAUCUGCAGGAUCAGUGUCUGUGUCUGGAGUCUGAGGUUCUUGAGACGGAAGACAAGCAACACCUGCGAGAGGAAGAGCAUCAGAAACAAGAUGCAGCGAAAUUGAAGAGAAUCGAGGAGCUAAAAGCUGUGGCCUCACACUGGGCAGAGAAAUGGCAAAAGGUGGCUCUGACCCUGCAGUCCACGCAGAAAGAGUUAGACGAACUCAAAAAGAACAACUCCAAAGAUAAACUGCAAGCAGAAGCUGUGCGCCUGGCAACUGAGAUUGACAAACUCCACAAAGACGGCCAGAAAGACAAAGAGGAAAUUGAGAAACUGCGGCAACACAAAGCUAACAUGGAGACAGUGCUGACCAGAGCCAAGACUGAAUCAGACUCACUGCUGAGGGUUGAGCUUGAUGCAUGCAAACAAGAGCUGGAGCUGGAGAGGAGCAGGAGUCGGGCUCUGCUUCACAGACACAAAGAUAAAGGCGGUGAGGCCUCUGUGCACACUGAGGACACAGGGACACAAACAGACUUAUCAGAAUCCUCUUUGUUAUGGAAGCCACCAUCAGAUUCCCACAGCAGCCAAAACAAAACCCCACAGGUGUGUUUACAAAGCAGUGAGGUUCAAAGGCUGAAGCAAAAACUGUCAGACAGAGAGAAGGAACUGAGGGAAAAGGACAAAGCUUUGAAGAGUCUAGAGAGGUUGAGAGAGACAGAAAAACACGAGGCCCAACUCAAGAUUUCUGCUCUGAAACUCAAGGCCUCUGAAGAUGACCAAGAUAAAGGAGGCCUCGCAAAUGUCUCAACCACUGACUCACUGAGGGCCCCACUGGAAGAGAGCAGGAGGAGGGUGAAGCAGCAGCAGGAGGAAACUCCGACAGUGCAGAAGCUUCAAACACUGAGGCAGUGCUACCCGGUUAAAGAUGAGAAGCCAGCUGUCUGUCCAGUGAGUGUAGAGACGGACCAGCAGAGGAGGAUGAUCACUGAGCAGUUAAAGAGUCUGUUUAAGGAGCGAGAAGGAAAGGAGGUGGGAAAGAUCGACAACAGACCAGCAGCAGGUCAGACUGGAGCCUCCUCACUAAAAGACUGGUCCCACACAUCCAGAGCUGCCAGGAAUGCAGCGGACAGGAGGAGCUGGCAUCAGCAGGGCUCUGGUCUGAUGCCAGUGUUCGAGGAGGACGAGGAGGGCAGUGACUGGCCAGCAGGGGAGGAGGGAAAGCCGCCAGCAGAGGAGGCUCAAUCUGAGGAAAACUUCCACAAGCAAAGCCAACAGAUGUCAGCUAUGAACGCAGAAAUCUACAAUCUGAGGGCAAAAAAUGAGAAUCUGCUGCCAGCAACACUAAGGCCCAAACAGCCGACCCAGGACAAGUCUCCUCACAGUUCAGAUGAGACUGACCUGCCGCAGAAGACGCCACCUUUGCUCUGUCCUGACGGAAUAUUCAUGGCUGAGCUUGUAGAUAUCUGUAGCCCUGAUGAAGAUGAAGAGGAAGGAGAGGACAAAUGAGGUGUUCUAUUAAGACUCAUUCAGUUGAUACAGGGUGCUGCACCUGCCGUAUUUAUGCCUUAUAACUUAAACUGUAUGUUUGUUACUCAAAUGAAAUUUAAGGACUAAUUUACUUCAACAAUUUAAAGACAGAUUCUGCUAAGGCAGUUAUACUCACCUUGCUUUGCCUCGGGGCCACUUUUGCAAAAUGACAGGAGGCUAGGGGCCAGUUAAUGAAACAACAUUAAUAUUAAUUGCCUGUUUAUAACCUUUCGACCUUUGCUGUCCUCACCUAUCUUUGCCAGGAGGCAAAUCUAGCCACGGCAGCCCCACACAGGUCAGAUGUAAGUGGAAUUUGGGAAUAUUCAUGGCUCAGCCCCGAUCUCUUUCAGGAAGGCCAGGGGAUCGUCCUUAGCACUUUUAUUUUUGACAAACACGCUCUUUUUUUAUGCUUUUUUUGUGCACUCUGGCACCUUAUUUACAUUCGAGGUACAAAAAGAAAUCUCCAGUGUGAAUCAACUUAUUUUUAUUAUGGAUUACAAAAUGGUUGGUGGGCCAAACAGCACCCUAUCCCAGUCCAGAUUUUGCCCAUGUCCUGUAACCUGAGUAUCACUAUGCUGAGGUGAAUGCUCCAAACAAUAGUGUUAAUAAAAAUUCACCAAGCUACCUCAGGCAAAAGUGUGUUUUAUUUAUAUGACAUGAUAUAAUUCUUCACAUCAUUUAAACAUUCAGAAAAUCCCACAGCCAACAUUUUUAUCUUUAAAGAACAGUAAAAUUAUAAAAUGAACAUGAGGGAAGAUUAGGUACAUUUGUGUGUAUUACAUGUUCAAAUGAAUGACAACGUGUAUUUUAGUUACAAGGACUAAAUACUGGAAUAAUGCUUCAUUAUUUUUCAAUUAAGAUCAGUUCAUUUACCUUCAUGUUUUCCUUUGUUUACUAGAAGAGAACGAUUAUAAGAGACAAAUUG